ACACACACAUAUAUGCAUCAUAGCUAUUUUAUAUCUUCAUUCAUUUAUAAAAUAUACGCAUUAUAUCGUAUUAUCGUAUUACAUUGUCUCCAUAAUUAAUUUUAAAUUUCCCACCACAAAGUCGUAUAGAAUUUCUAUUGAAAAUUUAUCUUGAUCGAUCUAUUAAUGACUUAAUCUUGUAAAUCAAAAGAUAUGAAAAUUUCACUUACAUUACUAAAUAUAUUACAUAUUUAAAUAGAUUUAAAUUACUAGUAAAUAAAUGGAGAAUAUUCCAGAAUUAAAUGAUUUGGACAUUUUUUGUGCCGAGCAACAAUUGCGAGAAAAAAUAUACGAAUUACAAGAAAAAUCGGCUAUGUUAGAAAAAACACAGAAAGAGCUUCUAGAAACACGUCAUUCCUUAUAUAAUUCAAAAUCGAUUUUAGAAAACGAAAAUCAAAUUAAUGAUGAAUUAAAAAUGCAAUUAUCAGCAGCUGUUGCUAUGAUCAAUCGUUUAGAAGAUGAAAAAAUGAAAACUUACAUCGAACAUAUUCAAUUAAAAGUUAAUUACGAUGCAAUGAUUAAUGAACGCAAUUCAUUGAUCGAACAAACAAAAGCUACGAAAUUAGAAAUCAUAGAUAGUAAUAUCAAAUUACAAACUGCAGAAGACGAAAUAUCUAAUUUGAAAAUGUUAAAUAAAAAUCUUGAAGAAUCUCUAACGAUGUUAAGAGACAAUACUUUACAAAUGAUAGCUACUGCUGAAAGUGAGAUUGCAAAACUUAAAAAAGAGCACCAAUAUUUGCAACAGUCGUGUCAAAAUAUUAUAGAUCUUAACAAACGUUUACAAAUAUUUGGAUUAUGUGCACAUAGUAUACAUCAAAGAGAUAAAAUCGAAAUACAGCGAUUGCAAUGUAAAUUAAAUUCUUUAUCCAGCGAUAUUUCAAAUCAUCCAGAUUCAAAUACUAUGUUGCAUCCAGAAAUUCAAAAAUUGUGCGUAAAGUUACAGGCAUUGAUUCAAGAAUUAAAAUCAUCUCUGUAAUAAAUAUAAUUGAAAGGAGCAAGGAGGAAAAGUAAAGUCAAUAAAUGCUCUUGGGUGUAUAUAGGAUUAAUAUAAAAUGUAUUAUAUAAUAAUUGUCUGUAUAUUUCAAUAUAUGCCAAACAAGUUUAAUGAUUAAAAUGCAAAUUUGCAAAGAUGCAGACUAUGACAACAAGCAAAUAAAGAUAUUGCCUGUAGAUCCUCCACAUACACGAAUCCACUACUAUAUGCAAUAUAAAAUAUAUCUAGAAAAUAAGCAUUUUCGUACAUGUAUUGUUUUUUGGAACUAAUAAAAAAAAGUUCCGUGCCUAAUGAUUAUAACACUUGAAUUACCUAUUGGAUUUUUGUUCAGUCAUCACAUGAUGCAGUUUCCAUCUUAGUUGUAUUAUUAGUAACUGAUGCGCUAAUAAUUAUAACAUGCUUGUGAUGUAUUCUUAUUAAUUCCGUGAAAAAGCUAAUUGCUUAGUAACAAUGUAAAAAAUGAUUGUGAUUUUUAUACUGGUUAACCUUACUUUAUUACUCAUUAUACGUGGUUUUGCACAGUGAUCCUUCCUUCUAAAUGUAUAGAUAUAUGUUUUUUAAUAACAGGAACACAAAAAUAUUUGAUGUAAAAGAAUGCAUUUCGUGCGUCUUAUAAAAAUGAUAUUCCCCCAAUAUUAAAGCGAAGUAGUUUAUACUUGCAUUUCACAUUUAGUAUUGGUUCUUUAAUAUUGAUUCCAUUGUAUCCCUUCUUUACAUAACAACACCAGAGGAGAAACAAUCACAGAAGCACAAUGAAAUGUAAAAAAUAAGAUGAAACUUAUUACUUUAUGAAUUUUUUUGCUGUAAAUAUCACAAUUUUCACAACAAUAUUAUUUCACAAAUUACUUAUUGAUAAGAUUAUAAUAAAAGAUAAUACAAAAAUGCA